GGGCGGGCGGGCGAUGGAGGCGGCGGGCGGCGAGCAGCGGGAGCUGCUCAUCCAGAGGCUGCGGGCCGCGGUGCACUACACGACCGGCUGCCUGUGCCAGGACGUCGCUGAGGACAAGGGUGUGCUGUUCAGCAAGCAAACCGUCGCCGCCAUAUCCGAGAUCACCUUCAGGCAGUGCGAAAACUUUGCAAGAGACCUCGAGAUGUUUGCCAGGCAUGCAAAGCGAAGCACAAUCACUUCAGAAGAUGUGAAGCUUUUGGCUAGAAGGAGCAAUUCUUUGCUCAAGUACAUCACACAGAAGAGUGACGAGCUUGCAUCAAGUAACAUGGAACAAAAGGAGAAGAAGAAGAAGAAGUCCAGUGCAGCUAAGGGAAGGAAAACUGAGGAAAACGAAACGCCGGUGACUGAAAGUGAAGAUUCCAACAUGGCAUGAUUUACCUUUCAAGUAACAUCUCUGGUCAUUUUACUAUCCUAGAAGACCAAGGUUAGCCUGCCAGCAAUUGCUCAGCAGGUUAGCAAGUGUAAUGAAUCUCUAUAGUUUUUUUUUUUAGGUAAAUGUGAUUAGUUACAUUUUCUUGUUCCAAAAAUGGAAGGACUGUCAGAUUUCAACAAAGUUUACAGCCAAAAUGCCUUAAUUGUUCACUAAACAAAAUCUUACUGUUAUUAAGAAGAAACCCCUUCAUUGAUGGAGUUUAAAGCAAAGCAUAUCCACUGAGCAUAUUCGCACCUUAGUGUAUGCAACUCCCUGCAAAGGACAAUUUAAUUUCUCCAAUAAUUGUUUGACCUCUUCCUCACUUCCAUUUCGGAUAGAUUUGUUUAGAUAUUAUAAACAUUUUCCUUUUUAAUAGCCAUAUCUCUUGUUGUCUUGGCGAUUAAAGUAUAUUCUGUGUCAUUUUUCUCCUGUGAUUUUGUUGAUGUACAGUAAUCACCUUAAGAAGUUGUGUGACAUUUUCUAAACGUUGUGGAAUACGGCACCCCUCGUGGUGGUUGGAAAUCGCUAUUGCCCUCUGCUGGUCUAGUACAGGCUUACCAAAUUGUGACUAAGCAUGAAUUCCUCCUACUUCUACACCUAAAUGGGAAAUUUUUCACAAUGGCACUUUUAAAUCCUUUCCUGUUUCCCUGUCCUGAACUGCUCCACUUCCAAGGAUAAGAUAAUCUUUUAAAUAAAUUAUUCUACUGACUGAUGCAGAGUAAUCGAGGUAGAUGAUAAUAAACUAGAGAUUCUGUAUUCAAGAAGAAAUCUCUCCUCU